UGUAUUUUAUUUUUAGCAAAGUAUAAGGGAGUUAUACUCCAGUCUAGUAGGUGGCGGUAAACCUCAUCGAAGAAGAACAGUAGGUGGCAGUGUAUGCAGCUAAAGGUUGGUUGCGAUCCGCCAAACCAAUCUCAAAGAAGAACAUAUUCGCUAACGCCGCAUUUUCGAAAUGGCAUAUCUCGAGUUCAAGUUUGAGGACGAAAUAACUAAAUACAUUCGGGAACAAGAAUUGGUAACGUCACUGAAAUUCGUAACAUUGGGAAAGGACAAAAGUUUUGGACAAACGGAUGCACAGCCUUUGGCACGGAAAAAACUCAGCUGGGAGAGUAAAAGUAUCCCGUUCAAUGGUGUUCCGUUUCAAGUUGUUGGCACAAAGACGUAUGAAUGCCACCAGGGCAAAGACAGACAGACAAAAGCCAAAGAGAAAUAUGCUGCUGAAAGAGACAAGAAGGAACGUGAAGACCAUGCCUUUGUAAAGAGACGGAAACUGGUACAAAAUACCAAAAAGGUGGACUGCAAGGCUAUAAUAAACAUCGCCCAAGUUAUCCGCUUUCCUGAUUUUAAGAUUGAGGAAAGUACAGUGCGCUCUAAAAAGGAGGCCUCCCAAACGCUGAAGGCAGCACUAAGUUUUACACCCAGCUCUGUGAAGGCAGAGGUUGUCUACUGCGUCAGGUUCCCCUCCCUCUCUGAGCACAGCUCACAUGCAGUUGUUGGCGAGGCAGCUUAUGUUAGGGAAGCUGUAGAUGCCAGGCUGAGAGAGAAGAUUGAGCAGCUGACUCUGUCUGGUGUGAGAAAGAUGACUGAAAUGAAGGUUCAUCUGAACACCUUUGUAGUGGAAGAGCUUUUCCAUGGAGAGCAGCCCCCUCCACCUACUCGCAGGCGCUAUUACCCCACUGACAGUGACAUAAGAAAUGUCAUGUUUAAGACCAAGCAGGCCACCAGAGACUCCAACAUUGACCGUCCAUACGAAGGUCCAUCUGGAAGAGGAAAGAACAGGUCCUCUAGGAAGCUGUUGCGGUUACGGAGGCAAUGUGCAGGAUAUCUUAAAGAGAUCACAGAACUCACUUAUCAUCUCCAAGAGGAACAGUACGUGACUGAUCUGUCUUCACAGCUCAGAAGCGUGUUGCUGGAUAUGAAGGCCCAUGUUCCACAGGAUAAAGGCCUUCCACUGACCUUUUCUCCAAGGAAGAGAAAAGCUGAGACGGACAUGGACCUCAUUCCAACCAAGAGUGUGUCACACCCUUUCAUAGAUGGGUUAGAACAGCAUACAGAGGACAUAGUGAGUGUGGACACCUUGUUGGCAUUGAGCCUAGGUUAGUAGGGCUGAGUGGACACCUUGUUGGCAUUGAGCCUAGGUUAGUAGGGCUGAGUGGAUACCUUGUUGGCAUUGAGCCUAGGUUAGUAGGGCUGAGUGGAUACCUUGUUGGCAUUGAGCCUAGGUUAGUAGGGCUGAGUGGAUACCUUGUUGGCAUUGAGCCUAGGUUAGUAGGGCUGAGUGGAUACCUUGUUGGCAUUGAGCCUAGGUUAGUAGGGCUGAGUGGAUACCUUGUUGGCAUUGAGCCUAGGUUAGUAGGGCUGAGUGGACACCUUGUUGGCAUUGAGCCUAGGUUAGUAGGGCUGUGUGGACACCUUGUUGGCAUUGAGCCUAGGUUAGUAGGGCUGAGUGGACACCUUGUUGGCAUUGAGCCUAGGUUAGUAGGGCUGAGUGGAUACCUUGUUGGCAUUGAGCCUAGGUUAGUAGGGCUGAGUGGACACCUUGUUGGCAUUGAGCCUAGGUUAGUAGGGCUGAGUGGACACCUUGUUGGCAUUGAGCCUAGGGCUGAGGACUGAGUGUGUGGGUUCUGCCACCAAUUGAGUAUAUUUUGGUUAGUGUAAUUUUUAUUUCAACUAAUGUUAACAUUCUGUCAACACAACUUGAUAAAAACAUGUUUUCUCGUCUAAAGAUGUAAAACAAAUAAAUGACUAUAGUAAGCCAUUUAGGAAGCAUAUAUACACACACUGUUCCACUCAUCUGCUGCUACUCUGUACUUUAUUUUAUUAUUGUCUGUCCUGAUGCCUAGUCACUUUAUCCUGCACAUUUAUCUCCUUGAUCUGGUACUGGUACUCCCUGUAUACAGCUGCACAUUGAUCUGGUACUCCCUGUAUAUAGCUCCACAUUGAUCUGGUAC